CAACAUCAGCUGGAUUUCAUAAUUUAAAGACAUCCAGAAUUAUGAGCAGCCUGAACAGCAUCAGCAGCAGCAUGCAUACCCUCAGUCCAACCUACAGUACGCCCACAGCAGCCCAUAUACUGCACACCACCUUUCGAGGCAGCACCAGCAGCACUAAAUCGAAAUUUACGGGCUCUCACCACACCAGCACCCCAACUGUGGGACUUAGCUCCAGUGCAUUGCCUUCAUUCAAGAAUUUUAUGAAGAGUCCAAAUAGCCACAGCACUGCAACAAAUGGCGGCAAGCAGGAGUUUCCACUUGAUUUUACAUUCUCCAAGAACCAUUGGACCAACUCAGAUGCUGCCUUCACUGGUGGGGGCAGAGGUGCUGGUGGUGUUGGUGAUACCAUGGCCAAUAUGUUGGGAAGUGUUGGUGUUCCUGCUGUGGCCGCAGCGGCCACCAGUGGUAGUGGCAAUUUUAGACUUGGCGCCUCAUCAACGUCUUCAUUUUCCACAGAAACAGAGCGGCCACGCGUUUUUCGCAACCGACAUCAUCACGAACAACACUGGGGGCCAUUUUUCGAGCAACCACUCAACUCAACAACCUCGGGCGACAAUAGCAUAACAACAGCCCAUCUCUAUACGGAAGCAGUGCUCAAUUGUCGUGUUGGCAUGCUCAAAGACAAAACGUUCAGUUAA